AGAACGGGGUCUGUUUACUCUGCAGCGGAACCUUUAUGCUCGUGGUUGCGGGGGACCUAGUUCUAUGUUGCACAUGUGUUACGUACGUCUCCGCUGGGUAUGUUUGGUAAUAUGUGUCUGUCCUGCGGUGAAUGACAACAGAGCUCAUCGUCGAAGGUGAGUUUCCCUCUGCUGACUCAGCUCCAGGUGUGGACUGACUGCAGCCAUGCUGCUCCCCCUCCUGGUGCGUCAUUCCCUCUGCUGCCCUCAUGUGCUGUUAACACGAUGUGUCUGGACACUUCGCUGCGACACUGCGAGGACGCUUCGCUCUCAGACUGAGCACUUCCUGCAACGGAGGCUUCCCCUGCGUUCCCACACUCAGAGCCGAGGUGUCAAGAGCCGAAACAGGAAGUCCAAGAGCCAAGAGGAGGACUGGAAGAGCAAGAACAAGACGGUGCUGACGUACAUUGCCGCUGCCGGGGUGGGGAUGAUCGGCCUGUCAUACGCCGCGGUGCCGCUCUACAGGCUCUACUGUCAGGCGUCGGGGCUCGGCGGCAUGGCGGUGGCCGGCCACGACACAGAGCAGGUGGAGACGAUGGAACCGGUGAAGGAACGCGUCAUCAAGAUCACCUUCAAUGCAGAUCGACACGCCAGCAUGCAGUGGAACUUCAGACCUCAGCAGACGGAGAUCUUUGUGGUUCCAGGUGAGACGGCGCUGGCUUUCUACAGAGCAAAGAACCCCACAGAUAAAGCCAUCACUGGCAUCUCCACCUACAACGUGGUUCCCUUCGAUGCUGGACAGUACUUCAACAAGAUCCAGUGUUUCUGCUUCGAGGAGCAGCGUCUGAACCCUCACGAGGAGGUCGACAUGCCCGUCUUCUUCUACAUCGACCCAGAGUUCGACGAGGACCCCAGGAUGGCCCGGGUGGACACCAUCACUCUGUCCUACACCUUCUUUGAGGCCAAGGAGGGUCAGAAACUACCUGUGCCAGGAUACAGCUACAACUGAUCCGUCCACGGACAGGACCUGGACCAGGACCUGGACCAGGACCUGAACCAGGACCUGAACCAGGACCCGAACCAGGCUCACAUCUCAGUCCAAGGAAGGAAGCACUGAUCCAAGACUCUCGUCUUUCAGAGUGAAGCAUGAGGCUCCACAUAAACAGCAGCUUCUCAUCAUGUUCAGAGUUCAGUGCAGCGCCACAGAGAAUUAAAGCCAAUCAGAAGUCUCCAAAAGAAGUCGAUCCAUUGAUCCAUGUUUUUACAUUUAUACACAUUUGAUUCAUAAAAACAUGAAGAGAAUAAAUCCAAACUAACUCAACAAAAAAUCAAAUGUCAUAACUUGAUAUUCAACAGGAGACAUUUAGUGACAUCUGUUGACUUCGCAGCUGCAGUUUCUCCUGAGGAAGCUUCAAUCAGAGAAUCAUACUGAAAUCGUUCUGACCAAAUAUUUCAAAUAGUUUAAUGUUAUUUUCAUAAUUGGCAACAAAUCGAUGAAUCGCUGCAGCUAAAUGUUUGAGACCUGAUGGAUUUAAAUCGUGGUGAAAAUGCGUCAGCAGCCAGUCACGUGUUUCACUACACAGCAGCUUAUUAACACAUUAAUGACAUAUAAUGAAACAUUAGUGAGCGACGAGUCAGACAGAUUAUCUGGUGAUAAUAAUGAUAAAAAUGAUAAUAACAGCUGUGUGUGAUUGGUUCCUCUCUGACCUCAGAUUCUGUCACGUCUGACUCAAGACGUCUCAAACUGAUCAUCCUGGAAAACCUUAUUUAUUGAAUGCAGCUUUCCAGGUCAUUAAAAGUCUUUGAAAAAUAAGAACAAACCAAAAAGCCUUGAAAUCGUUUGAAUAUUAGAAUCUGUUAAUUAUUUUGGCUGCACCAGCUGAGGCUCUACAGAAACAAGGUGUUUUAGGCCUCAAAAGACAAAAUAAAGAGAGAAACGCUGGAUCAGUGUUGUCAGUCCUCCUCGGGUCCACGGGACGGGCCAGCACUUCAGGAGCUGUUGAGCUGUUGAUGUUGUGCCGUGGAGCUGCAGCUCUGGCGUCACGACUGUUUCUGUUUCUGUUUUGAGAGACUUUUCUGUGAAUCAUGUCUGAUGUCAGUUAUCAGAGCAGAUGAAGAUAAUAAAUGAUGAGUCGACUCCA